AAGGUGCUCCUCUGGUCCAACAGGGCAGGAGAGCUAUCUAUUUUAGUGAACCACUCACAGAAGACCACAGGAGACGUACAAUACAUGGUCUCAGGUUCUGCUUCCUCCAGUACAGCCUAGAUCUGCUCCACUUUAAGUGCGUUUGAGGUCUGCUGCAGAUAUCUACAGAGCGAAGAGAUCUUAAACAUGUCUGAAGGGUACAAAAAGUCGAAGAUCUCAGCGUCUCGCCGGUUGACUCUGAAGAUCAAACUGCUGAAGAGGGCUGGGGUGAUGUUGGAAAAUGAGAAAGAAGAGAAGAUACGAGAGAGAGAGGCCACUCUUAAGGAGAGAGUCCCUCCGCUCCAGCUCUCCGGACUAUCAGUACAGGACCUCCAGGCUCUGUGCCGAGAGAUGAACCAGAAGAUCGACUCUGCCGAUGAGGAUCGCUACGAUAUUGACAUGAAAGUCACAAAAAAUGACAAGGAGAUUGAGAAUUUGUCCCAGAAGAUCACUGAUCUGAAGGGCCGGAACAGACCUGCCCUGAAGAGGGUGAAGAUCUCCGCCGAAGCAAUGCUGGGGGCUCUGCUGGGGACAAAGGUCAAGGAGUCUGUGGACUUCAAGGCAGCCCUCAAGACGGUGAAGAAGGAGGAUGAGAAGAAGGAGGAGGUGACCGACUGGCGUAAAAACGUGGAGGCCAUGUCUGGCAUGGAGGGCAGGAAAAAGCAGUUUGAUGCUUAGAAAUAUGUCUUACCCAUAAAUACAUGUUGACGUACAUGUUUAUUUUCCACUUCUAUAAAGAGGGGUCUUAAAAACUACUUUGAGAAUAUGAAGUAGCAUGAGUUAGACAGUAGUAUUUGAAUUUUGAUUGGACGCUAUGAAUGUAUAGCUAUAUCAGGAGGAGUAAUGUGAAUAGUUUGUAGCUCGGGUUGUGUUGUAACGCUUAUAUGGGCAGUUUUGCUAGAAGAUAAACAAAAUCUCACUCAGAUUCUUAGUAUGUAAGCAAUAUUGGACAAUAUUCUGCUUUAUCUUUUCUGUAAUUUGUGCGAAAAUAAAUAAAUACUUGCUGUGAA